UAUGCAAAAUGGCUUCCUCCAUAGGACCAGAUCGGAAGAUAUGCCUGUUGGUUCAUUUAACAAUUUUUACCUGGUAUUUAUUCACGCUGUGGACCAACUGCUCUCUGCAAACGGCAGACAGACAUCCCGGUGUGCGAUCGUAUGGAGGUCGCUGGAAAUAUUUAACGUUUAUUAAUCUGGUCAUGCAGACUGUGUUUUUUGGAUUAUGCGUCCUAGUGGAUGUAAUUCACGUCCUCCUGCCUGUGAAACAGACUCGCAGUGAAGUUCCUCUAAUCCUCACCACAGCCAGAGACUUUUACUUUACUGUUCUGUGUUUCCCUGUUGGCACCUUUGUGUUUGCUUCUUUCUGGACACUCUAUACUUACAACCGAGAGCUGGUCUAUCCCAAAUUCUUAGAUGAUAUCAUUCCGGUCUGGCUGAAUCAUGCAUUGCACACAGUAAUCAUGCCUCUGCUGCUGGUCCAGAUGUACCUUCAGAAUCACAAAUACCCCACUCGUACAAAAGCAAUUGGCGCUUUAGGUUUAUUUGCUAUCCUGUAUUUGUCAUGGGUAUUGUGGGUGCACCACGCGUCAGGCAUUUGGGUGUAUCCCAUCAUGGCUCACUUAAGUCCUGUGGGUUUGUGCCUUUUCCUUGGAGGUGCGUCCCUCACCAUGGCUCCUCUUUAUCUGUUAGGAGAGGAGCUCAGCCGUAUGAUCUGGAGCACAACAGAUUUCUAUAGGUCUCGUCUCAGAUCUCUUGUCCUAGCACUCGGACUUGACUCGGACUCGACCCUCUCUGGACUCGGUCUUGACUCGAACUCAACCUACUCUGGACUCGGAUUUGACUCGGACUCGAAUGAGCUGGUCUCGACUACAACACUGAAUUGCAGAUUGUUUUACAUGCCAAUGGGCAGAUUCCAAUUCCAUUUUUCUUUCGUUAAGCAACAAUUUAUUUAAGCCAUUAUUUAACACCUCAAAAAAGCAUGCCAAACCCUAUGCUAAUUUGCGCUGCUCUUAGGAGAUUUGCCAUUAUGGAAAUGAGAUGUUGCGCAUGUGUUCUUAAGCGUGCACCUUGUCAAUAAAUUACCCGCAGAAAUUUCCCCUUGCCUCUGCACUUUUUAGAAUUGUGCGAUCAUGCUUACUUGACCUGUUUAGUAAAUUAGGGGCCGGAUUCACAAACAUUCUUAAGAAAAUUCUUAACUGCCAUAUUUUUUAUCAAGAUUGAUCUGUCAUAAAUAUCAUCUUAAAAUUAAGAUAGCCUCACGGUUGUCUUAAAUCUCAAAAAAAUAUUUAAUACAUGUAUUUGGUUGUUUCACAUGUGACAUGUGUUGUAUUGAGCCAGAAUCAUAAUUUUGACAGUUACUUGCCAUUGAGGAAUAUUUAUAUUGAUAUAAUAAUGAUAAGGUCUAGCUCCCAUGCUUCAGCUUUCAUUAUUAGAUUUUUUACAUUUAUUCUGUGACAAAGUGACUCGAAAUGGAUAGGAUCACAAAUAGUAUGGCAUAGUAACACACAAACAGGAUUUUAAUAGAUAUAAUUUUGUAAUGCUUGCUAACAUUUCACUUAGGAACAUUCUUAUGAACUUCCUAUAAUUUAUCUUAAGUACGAUCUUAUAUUUUGUCUUAAGAACAGUUUUGUGAAUCUGGCCCCUGGCCACUUGCGUUAAUUCAUGUAGAACAGUGGUCACCAACCCUGCUCCUGGAGAUCGACCGUCCUGCAGACUGCAGCUCCAACCCUG